AUGAGAGAGAGCAAAAAUCAAAUCAAUCCGCCAUUGUUGAAGAAGAAGAAAGCCACACAUUUGCUCAAGGCGGUGGAGGAGCCUGUGACGGAGGUGGUGGCGGAUAUCGCAAGAGAGGCGGUAAUGAAUACGGAGGAGGUGGUGGUUACGAGAGACAUAGCAGAGGUUACAGAUCUGGUGGAGGUUGUGGUGGAAAAGGAUAGGGUGGUGGUGGCCGUGAGGGAUGUGGCUAAGGAGGAGGUGGCGCUGGAAGUUACUGAGGAGGCGUAG